AUGAAGGCUUUGCUGAGAAUUGAAGAUCUUAUUCUGAUUCUUCUACAGGUGUACUCUGCGCAAACAGAAUUUUCAGUUCAAGUACCAAAAGAACCUCUUGUUGCUCAUGUGGAAAAAAGCAUCUUACUUCCAUGCCAUCUCUCGCCAGCUGUCAGUGCCGAGGGACUGGAGGUGAGGUGGGUUAAAGUAGGCGAUGAGCAUCCAGUCCAUGCAUAUGCAAAGGGAGCCGACCUAGAAGGCAAGCAGAGCCCAGGAUACAGAGGCAGGACUCACCUCUUUAAAGAAGAACUGGGCACUGGCAACGUGUCUCUACAGCUCAGCAGCGUCAGAGUCUCGGACGAAGGAAGCUAUCAGUGCUAUGUGCUUUCGUCAAGCUGGUUCUCUGAAUCAACCAUGAACUUAAUGGUUACAGGCCAGGGCAGCUCCCCCCGCAUCACUCUGCUCGGUCUGCAGGGCGGUGGUGUCAGUCUGCUGUGUGAGUCUGAGGGCUGGUUUCCUAAGCCGAAGCUGCAGUGGAGGAAUGUGAAGGACGCUGAUUUAACAGGGAGGGCUGUUCUCACUGAGAAGCAAGGAACAGACGGACUCUUCACUCUCCUGAGCUCUCUGCAGAUAUCUCAGCAAGAGGCUGACGGGAUCAUCUGUCUUGUAAGACACGGGGAGGAGAAGAGAAUCCUGCAGACCAGAGUUCACAUCACCGGAGAAUUCUUCACGCUGGUCUCCUCCUCGUGGAAGAGCUUGUCUGUGUUCUUUAUAGUUUUUCUCAUACUCGUAGGAUUGUGCAUCCCGGUGGCCGUGUACUACAACAGAAAGAAGAUGAAAGAAACUGUGGAAUUGGCUAACAGUAAUCUUGAAGCAGAGUGGGACAAGCUGCAAAUAAACUCAGCUGCUGUGAUUCUUGACCCUGAAACAGCACACCGUUGUCUCAUUGUGUCUGAAGAUGGGAAACGUGUGAGAAAUGAAAUGGAAGAGCAGAAUGUCCCUGACAAUAAACAAAGAUUUGAUGAGCAUCAGUUUGUGCUGGGCAGGGAGGGGUUCACCUCAGGAAGCCACUACUGGGAGGUGGAGGUGGGGGAUAGGCAUAGCUGGAAACUGGGAGUCACCUGCGAGUCUGCUGAGAGGAAAGGACGUUUUGACCUGAAUCCCAGUGAAGGUUACUGGGUGAUUCAGUUACGCAGUGGAGGUGGGCUCUGUGCCUUCAAUGUCUCUCUUCUGAAGAACCCUAAAAAAGUGGGUGUGUAUCUGGACUGUGAAGCGGGCGGGAAGGACCUUGUGAUAGUGAGCACAGUCAAGGAUGGAUCAAAUAAUGUUCAACCCAAGGCAGACCCUAAAGUUUAA